GGAGCGCAGUCACCGCUCAAUGGGCGCAGCCGUGACCCACCAUCCUCCAAUCUUGUAACAACAAAGUUAGACUUUGUGUUCUUCGUUAGGUUCAUUAAGAUCGCGUUCAUAUCCAUAUCGAUAGACGUCCUCGCAAAGCGGUCCUGACGCAGCUGGUGCUUGUAAUCGCCAGCGGACACCCGGCAUCGUCACCUGUGCCCAGGUAGACGCUUACAUUCGCCGCGGAUUGUUUUCGUAAACCCACUUCACGAAUCGGAGUUGCCUGUUAAGGCUGCAAGGGGGAUCUUUGUCUGUGUGCGUGUCCACAGCAAGGUCCACGCUGCACCGUGCGCCGAGCGUGGCUUUGGCGUCGCUCCUCCAUGAAGCCCUCCCCCUCGCCCGUGUGGGUGGUGGUGCGGUUUGCUGUCUUCACGAGGGUCGCCACGCUGCUGCUGCAGCUGCCACUCAACCUGCUGAUCCCCGACCACGACCCGGGUGCGUUUGCUCCCCCGCCGUCCGCCCACGAGUCUCCCUUCUCGCGCGCCGUGGAGUGGUCGCUGGGCGGCCUCGCGCGCUGGGACGCCGCAUACUUCCUGUUCGUGGCCGAGCACGGCUACGCCUACGAGCAGAGCGUAGCCUUCUUCCCGCUUUUCCCCGCGCUCGUUAGAACGCUGGCGUUCGUCGGCGUCGGCGACCACGACGAGAACGUCGGUGGCUCCGGCGGCUCCGGCCACCCGGACGUCCGCGGCCGCCUGAUCCUCUCCGCCGUCUGCCUGAACGCCGUCGCGUUCGCGGCGGCGGCGGCCGCCCUCUACGGCCUCGGGGCGGCCGCGCUGCGCGACGAGGCCCUGGCGCUGCGCGCCGCGCUGCUCUUCUGCGUCACGCCGGCCUCCGUCUUCAUGUCGGCCGCCUACUCGGAGAGCCUCUUCGCGUGCCUCUCCUUCGCGGCGGCGCUCGCGCUCGAGCUGCGCCGGCGCGGCACGAGCGUCGCCCUCUUCGCCCUGGCGGCGGCGGCCCGGGCCAACGGCGUCGUGUCGGCCGGGUUCCCCGUGCACCGAGCGCUCUCGCUCUGCGCCGACUCAUGCCGCCGCCGCGGGCGGGCCUACGCGUCGGACGUCCUCUCCGUCGCGUUGGCGGCAGUCUCGGCGGCGGUCGUCGCCGCGCCGUUCGUCGCCUUCCAGGCCUACGGCCGCGACGUCUUCUGCCGGAGCGGUGACGGCGUCGCGUUGCCCGAGCGCCUCCUGGCGUACGCGCGGAGCAGGGGCUACGUGGUGCGGGGGGCUGCGCGCCCCGCAGAAUCCCCGGCUGAGUACUGCCAUGCCGGCUGGCCGACGCUGUACGGGCACGUCCAGCGGACGCACUGGGACGUGGGCUUCCUGCGCUACUACACGGCGCGCCAGCUGCCCAACUUCGCGCUGGCGGCGCCUAUGGCCGUGCUGGCCGCCGCAGCCGUGUGGAGCUACGCGAGGCGAAACUGGCGGCUGUCCCUGAGGCUUGGGCUCGUGCAGGACGGUGCGGGCAGAGAGGAGGGCAUGGGCCUCCGCUCCGGAUAUUACAGCUCCACGACGUUUGUCUACGUCGCGCAUCUGGCAGCGAUGCUGCUGUUUGGCUUGACGUGUAUGCACGUGCAGGUGCUCACGCGCUUCCUGGCCAGCUCCUGCCCGGCGGUUUACUGGUUUGCAGCUCACCUCACGCUCGGGCGGCACCUGGAGCCCAGCGGAGCGAGUCGGCGGCCGGGUGCGUCGCGAGACGACGCCGUUGUCGAUGGAACAGCGUCGGAAACUCCAGCGCCGUCGUUGUCAACAUCGUCCACAACAUCAUCAUCAUCAUCAUCAACGGCGCAACCAUCAUCGUCGCCAUCGUCAUUCCCACCCCGUGCGCCGCCGCAUUUCGCGCGUCCAGCGACCUCCGUCGCAAGAAGGCAUCUCGGCCGCGACCCGCCCGCCACCGCCGAGUGCCGUCAGAGGGUUGGGAGCGGGGAGGCCGACGCUCUGCACGCGGCAGCCGCGGACGGGCGGACGGAGCCCGGGGACGUGUACCCCCCGGGGCUGGCCGUAGGUGCCGCGGACGGGCACCGAACUUGGGCCGCGAGGGUGGGAGACGCGGCGGCCCGCGCGGCUCUCGGCGCGCUCCCCAAGAAUGACCUCACGGACGACCUGGCUAGGUGGGGGCAUCUGAGUGCCGGGGCCCGGCUCGUCUACGGAUAUUUCCUUUCCUACGCCCUGCUGGGAGUUGCGCUGCACUGCAAUCAGUUUCCCUGGACGUAGCUAAGAGCGGUGAUAGCAACGCCGGUGAUAGUCACAGUGUCUUUCCCCAAGAGCAGGGAUAACAACACUGGCGAUAGUGAAAAUAAACGUUUUUUUAUUUUACCAGGUAAGGCCCACUGGGCUAUAUGGCUCUUUUUCAGAAGUGACCUGGCCACAAUUGAUAGCUCAACCAACUGGCUAAUUCAUCACGUGGAAAUGUAUAGCAGCAGUGAAAUUCUCUAUAAACGUGUGAUGUUGAUUCUAAAUGUGUAGUGAACAAUUUGAGGACCCAGAGAAAAAUCCACGUGACCACGGGGAGAUAGACAUUCAAACUCCAAAUAUACAGCAGGCGUGAGGGUCGGGAUCAUACCCACGACCUCCUGUACACCAGGCGAGGUAGUUAACAUUCCGCAGCAUUUCCCCAAAGCAGUGAUGACAAUCUAUAGAGAGAACUGCAGAGCCUGGAAUUUACAUUCAUAUUUGUAUGAUGAUACAUUUUCUUGAUCCAACACACUCUCACUGAGUUUCAAGACUACGUUUCAGGAGAGUUGUGCAUUGGGAUAAUUUGGCAAUUGUUUUUUUUUUACUUAGAAAAAAAAUAUUGAGUGUGUUUUGGUUUUUUUCCACUUUUAUACUAUCAUUUGUUGACUUUCCGUGUGUUUCUUGUAAACAUUUCAUUUGUUUUUGAUGCCAAUCGCGCUGCUAUGGGCUCGCCAAAACAUGCUUCUUUGUCAGAAGCUCCACUUCACUCUGCUGGCCGGAUAUGGAACUGCCUCCCUGAUGAACACAUUGUCGGCGAGAUCACCGAUUCUGGUCUUCAGGCCUUCAGAUGCGGAGCACACACACGGGACAUCUCCUAACGUCACCACGCACGCCUUGUGGGGACUAGGUCUUUGAGUUGCAGUGAACCAAGGAUCAUGCCGAUUAGAUGUACAGUACUCAUUUCCGAUAUGACUUGUUCACAAUUGCACCCAACAAAAACCAAAACCUGGAUUGCAAUCCAGGAUCUCGGCUCUGAUCGCUCAGCGUGUUUGGCACAGCCACUAUGAGGCCACAUUCUCAAGUAAUGGUCGCACUUAUACUUCACGCACGACUUGAAUACAUACUUGUUUCGAGUGUUUUAGGGAUUUUAAAUUAUUAUUUCCCACGCAGUUAAACUAUCUCGUUUGUGAUUUUGUAUCGGAGUAUCUAUCUUUAAACAGACUACCGUCUUUAAUUUACUCGUGCAAUAAAAGCCAAA